CUCUUGAAAGGAUAAGGAAUCGAGUCUAUUUUCUAUUUUAUCUCUUCCACAUCCCUUUUUAUUGUCGUCCUCUCUUCAGUCAUGUUUAUCCAUGUCAGCCUGUCAUAUUUCUCUUUCAUAGUGUAAAAUCCAAGUGAUAGCGGGCUUUGAAUUUAUCAAGAACAAGCGUUUUUCUUUUUUUUUUUUCUCCCUUUCCUUUUAUCCCCCUUCUCAAAAGCGCAAUGUCUUUAUUUGUCGGCCGUUUGCCUCCUGAUUUUGAUUUGAGUGAAUUGGAAGAACUCUUUGAAAAGUACGGGAAAAUCGCAGAAUGCAAAAUCAAAAAAGGAAACAAAUUUGCAUUUGGAUUUGUUGAUUUUGAAGAUCCCGAAAAUGCAGAAACAGCAAUGAAAGAAGUAGAUCGUAUGAAAAUCGAUGGUAUCAGUAUUGUUGUCGAGAAAGCUAAAGGUGCACGUAAAGAGAAUGAAUCAGACUGCUUCAAGUGUGGUGAAAGAGGCCAUUGGGCACGCGACUGUAAAAGCACUCGCCGUAGAAGAGAUCGUAGUUACAGUCGUGACAGGUAUAGAGAUCGCAGUUACAGCCGUGACAGAUACAGAGAUCGUAGUUACAGCAGAGACAGGCGCAGACGUAGAAGUGAUAGCCGUGAUAAACGUCGAGGUAGAAGUGAUAGUCGUGAUAGUUAUAGACCCCGUCGUAGACGCAGCAGAUCCACCUCAGCUUCCUCACGAUCACGAUCUGUAUCACGCUCAAGAAGCCAUCACGCAUCUCGUAGAAAGGACAGUCGCUCUCGUUCACCUAGACGUCACGCCAGUCGUUCACGUUCCUACAGCGGUGAUAGGCACUCGAGACGUGAUCAUAGCCCUCAAAGCGAUCGUUCAGUUUCUAGAGAACCCAGACGGUCAAGCCGUGACCGUGAGUCAAGAGACGAUCGCUCUCCAAGUCAUCCCUCAGACAGUUCUCGAUCGCCCAGAGCAGAGGAUAAUUGAUCAUAUGAACACACUGUGUACCCCCCCUUUUACAGCGGAUUAUAGAAAGAAAAAAAAAGCAAUUUGCAUACGUACAUUAUACAUACAACAACACAGCUCAAAAGGCUCAAUAAUUUCUCAAAAAGAGAAGAAGAAAAAAAUAAAAUAAAUCAAGGUGAUUGUUUCUCUCUCAACCAGU